UACGGUUUCCUUGUUGAUUCUUCUGAGCUACCCAUUUCUUCUCUCUUUCUCUCCAUCCUUCAAUCUCAAUGGCGUCCACAGGAAAUGGAUCAGAAACCAAGCCUUACAAGUUCCUGAUCUAUGGACGCACCGGCUGGAUUGGCGGUCUGCUCGGCAAGCUCUGCGAGGCCCAGGGGAUCCACUACGUAUACGGGUCCGGGAGGCUGGAGAAUCGGGCAUCGUUGGAGUCCGACAUCGCCUCCGCAAACCCUACCCACGUGUUCAACGCCGCCGGCGUCACCGGCCGCCCCAACGUUGACUGGUGCGAGUCGCACAAGGUCGAGACCAUUCGGACCAAUGUCGCCGGCACGCUGACGCUCGCGGAUGUGUGCAGGGACAAGGGCCUGAUCCUCGUCAAUUACGCCACAGGCUGCAUUUUCGAGUACGAUUCCGGCCACCCGCUCGGAUCCGGCAUCGGAUUCAAGGAGGAGGACACACCUAAUUUCGUCGGAUCCUUCUAUUCCAAGACCAAGGCAAUGGUUGAGGAUCUGCUGAAGAACUACGAGAACGUGUGCACGCUGCGCGUGAGAAUGCCCAUCUCCUCCGAUCUAUCCAACCCCCGCAACUUCAUCACUAAGAUCACUCGCUACGAGAAGGUGGUCAACAUCCCAAACUCAAUGACGAUUCUUGACGAGCUCCUCCCCAUAUCGAUUGAGAUGGCCAAGAGAGAUCUCACGGGCAUAUGGAACUUCACCAACCCUGGGGUGGUCAGCCAUAAUGAGAUUCUGGAGAUGUACAGGGAGUACAUUGAUCCCAAAUUCACCUGGAAGAACUUCACCCUCGACGAGCAGGCAAAGGUCAUCGUGGCCCCGCGGAGCAACAAUGAGCUAGAUUCGACCAAACUGAAGAACGAAUUCCCCCAACUCUUGUCCAUCAAGGAGUCCCUCAUAGAGAACGUGUUCAAGCCCAACCGUAAGACCCAAAACCAUUUGGUGCUUUGAAUUUUUUAUUCGAGUUUCCAUACACUUGUUUUCAUUUCGGUAUCCAUGUGGACAUCAUAGGUUCUUUUUACCAGAUGAAAAACUCCCAUACGUCGUCGUCUUUCUAUUUUUCGUUUUUCAGUUUCAAUAUCGCUGUAAUUGUUUCGAAUAUUUUUGGAAUUGUGUUGUUCGAUUAAAAGAUUUGUAUCGUUGUUCAAACGUGGAGUUGCUUUUUAUGAUUU